CAAAAUGUUAUGAAGAAUUGGAAAAAAAAAAAUGGCAUGAUUUGAAAUCAGGGGGUUUGCAAUUCCGAAAGAGGUUGACGGGAUUUUGUUUUACUUCUUUUGUUUUAUACGGAUUUUGUUCCCCCCACGCUUUAUUAUAUGUGCUUAAGCAUUGCCUUUUGAACCAAAUCAUCUUUAUAUCAACAAUUUAGCUUCUGGAAACUCUUCGCUGCGCCGAAGUGAAAUUUUGAAAAGGAAGGAAGAACUGUUUGACGAGGGAUCAAACUUCAAAAUGACAAAGGUUCUUCUUACAGGUGGUUCUGGCUUCAUCGCCGCCCACAUCCUCGAACAACUCCUCGCCAAAAACUACACCGUCAUCACCACCGUCCGCACAAAGAGCAAGGCCGACCUGAUCCGACAAGCCCACGCAGACCUCGUCGAAAAGGGCCGCCUCUCCGUCGCCGUCGUGCCAGACAUUGCCGUCCUCAGCGCCUUUGACGACCUCGUCGCCAAGAUCGCCUCCGGCCGCGACGGCGACCUCGAAUACGUGAUCCACACAGCCAGCCCCUUAUUCUUCACCUUCACAGACGCCCAAAAGGAGAUCAUCACCCCCGCGCUCAACGGCACGCGGGGCAUCCUCGAGGCCGUCAAGCGGUCCGCGCCGUCGGUCAAGCGCGUCGUCAUCACAUCCUCCUUCGCCGCCAUCCUCUCGGAGGAGCACUUCACAGACCCAAACACCACCUUCUCAGAGUCCUCGUGGAACCCGGACACGGUCAAGGACGCCAACCGGUCCAUCGCCACGGGCUACCACGUCUCAAAGGUUGAGUCCGAGCGCCUGGCCUGGGCCUUUGUCAAGAACGAGAAGCCAAACUUCGACCUCGUCACGGUCAACCCGCCCUUGGUCCUCGGGCCCGUAGCCCACAGCCUCGCGUCGGUCGACGCCAUCAACGCCUCCAACGAGCGCAUUGCCGAUCUGCUGCGCGGCAAGUGGAAGACGGAGAUCCCAGAGACCGGCGCCGUCGACCUGUACAUUGACGUGCGCGACACCGCCGAGGCGCACAUCAAGGCCCUGGAGCUGCCCGAGGCGAGCGGCCACAGGCUGUUCCCCGUGGCGAGCAGGACGUCUAACCACGAGAUUGCAAAGAUCAUCCGUGACAAUUUCCCCGAGUUUGCGGAGAGGCUGCCCGGCCCGGAAGUCAAGGGCGGAGAGCACGUUGAUGAGACCAAGGCGUACAAGUGGAACUGCGAUGAGACCAACAAGCUGCUCAAGAUUGACUGGAUCCCUAUCGAGAAGAGCAUGGUUGAUACUGUCAACUCAUUGAAGGACAAGGGCAUUUAGAUUUAACAAACAUGAAAAAGACAAAAAGAACUUAUGACAUAGAGCAACAUAGUUAAGUUAUCAAUCGAAAGGAUUAUGUCUGUCUAU